UUUUUUUUUUUUCGUUCACAAAUAUAUAUAUAACUUAUCAACAAUAUAAUAAUGACUAGUGGUCAAGAAAAAGAAUAUGAACGGUUAAUAGAACUUCAAAGGAGAGAAAUGGAACUUUUGGCACAAACAAGAGAAUUCGAGGACGAUCUAUCGGAUGACGACUAUAACGACACACGACUUGUUGACCUACGACAGGCAGUGACAGUUCCUGAUAUGCGAUUUGAAAAACAAUUCGAACGAACUGUGGCAACCUUAAAAGCGAAUGGAGCAUCCAAUACAACUAUAUUUUUAUCAGCUGUUAUCAAGGAUCAAGUGGUGAUGCAAUUUAUCUCUGGUUUCACUUGGUGUUUGGCUGGACAUGCUUGGCGAUGGUUACGUCUCCGUAAUCAACGUGUGAAUAACAAUAAGGAAUCUUAUCAUUUUUUACGUGGUAUCAAAUAUGGUUUAUCUCGUUGGGCUUCGUAAGUUGGAUAAAUUCAAACUGUUUCUCUGGUUUGUAUUUACAAUUUCUUUCUCUUAGAUCAUCCUAUCAAGCUUUGGUGAAUUUGCCUUCGUUGACAACAUCUUCCCCCGUAGCAUAGAUUUUUUUUUUGCCUUGAUGUUUAGCUAGAUACAAAACACAUUCAUUGAUUACACAGAAAUCAAUAAAACAAAAAUACCAUCUUUCUUAGUUACUUUUGUUCUCUAUCUCUUCCUACAUAAUAUCCCAAUAAUAUACAUCACAAUAUAUAUACAAU